GUCCCUAAAACCCUUGUGGCGGACACACAAUACGAGUGGGUUGGGCUCGCAUGCGUUCCUUAUUCGCUCUUAUUUCGUCGUCAAUUUCGAUUCGUCGCCGUUGCGUAAUCUCUCCACUCAUCACCCCUCGUCGCCGUUACUCACUCUCUUCAUACAUCACCGGCCGACCCAUGGACGCCACCGCCGAACAACCACUCCGCACAACUCUCGCCGACAAAAUCGCGCGCAUCGAAACCCAAGGCAACUCCGUCCGUCAAUUGAAGGCCUCCGGCGCGGCCAAGCCGGAAAUUGCCGCCGCCGUCGAUGCCCUAAACGCACUCAAACUCGAGAAGGCUUCAAUCGAGAGCCAGCUCCAAGCCGCCAUUUCCGGCAACGUCGUCAACAGGGAUGCUUUCCGUCAGGCCGUCGUCAACACUCUUGAACGCCGUUUGUUCUACAUUCCUUCCUUCAAGAUAUAUCGUGGCGUCGCUGGUCUUUACGAUUACGGCCCACCGGGUUGCGCCGUCAAGUCUAACGUUCUCGCUUUCUGGCGCCAGCAUUUUGUUUUGGAGGAGAACAUGUUGGAAGUCGAUUGCCCCUGUGUCACGCCCGAGAUUGUUCUGAAGGCGUCGGGUCAUGUUGAAAAAUUUACUGACCUUAUGGUGAAGGACGAGAAGACCGGGAUGUGCUACCGAGCAGAUCACUUGCUCAAGGAUUUUUGCAAGGAGAAGCUUGAAAAGGACCUAACUAUGACUGCAGAGAAAGCUGCAGAAUUUAAACAUGUUCUUGCGGUUUUGGAUGAUCUCUCUCCCGAACAACUUGGUGCAAAGAUCAAGGAGUAUGGUAUAACGGCUCCAGACACUAAGAAUCCUCUUUCGGAUCCUUACCCAUUCAAUCUGAUGUUUCAGACAUCAAUUGGUCCAUCUGGCUUGAGCACUGGGUAUAUGCGGCCUGAAACAGCACAAGGCAUAUUUGUAAAUUUUAAGGACUUAUAUUAUUAUAAUGGGAACAAGCUCCCUUUCGCUGCAGCUCAAAUUGGUCAGGCCUUUAGAAAUGAGAUAUCUCCUCGACAAGGACUUCUAAGAGUCCGGGAGUUCACAUUGGCGGAGAUUGAGCACUUUGUUGAUCCUGAAGAUAAAUCUCAUCCAAAAUAUUCUGAAGUUUCAAACUUGGAAUUUCUUAUGUUUCCAAGGGAAGAACAAAUGUCUGGGCAAUCGGCAAAGAGAUUUCCUCUUGGUGAAGCGGUUUCCAGGGGGAUCGUCAACAAUGAAACACUCGCAUACUUCAUUGGCAGAGUAUAUCUCUUUCUAACGCGCCUCGGAAUAGACAAAGAAAAAUUACGUUUCAGGCAGCACCUUCCAAAUGAAAUGGCCCACUAUGCCGCUGACUGUUGGGAUGCUGAAAUCGAAUGUUCUUAUGGUUGGAUUGAGUGUGUCGGAAUCGCUGAUAGAUCUGCAUAUGACUUGCGUGCUCACACGGAAAAAAGUGGUGUCUCCCUCGUAGCUCAGGAAAAAUUCUCAGAACCCAGAGAGGUGGAGAAACUGAUUAUAGCUACGGUGAAGAAGGAGCUGGGUCUCGCAUUCAAGGGGAACCAAAAGAUGGUAGUUGAAGCUUUGGAGGCCAUGGAUGAGAAUGAAGCUAUGAAUAUGAAGGCUACUUUGGAAUCCAAUGGAGAAGCAGAGUUCCAUGUCUGCACCCUUGGGAAAGCAGUCACCAUCAAGAAAAACAUGGUCACAAUUUCGAAGGAGAAAAAGAAAGAACACCAGAGAGUUUUCACACCUUCAGUGAUUGAGCCUUCUUUUGGCAUUGGACGGAUAAUAUAUUGUCUUUUUGAGCAUUCUUUCUACACGAGGCCAAGUAAAGCUGGAGAUGAGCAGCUAAAUGUGUUCCGUUUCCCACCUCUUGUGGCGCCUAUCAAAUGCACCGUCUUCCCAUUGGUACAAAAUCAACAAUAUGAGGAAGUUGCCAAACUUAUCUCCAAGUCACUGACUGCAACUGGAAUAUCACAUAAGAUCGACAUUACAGGUACCUCAAUAGGGAAACGAUAUGCAAGAACAGAUGAACUUGGUGUACCGUUUGCCAUUACCGUGGAUUCAACAUCAUCCGUAACAAUCCGGGAGAGGGACAGUAAGGAUCAAAUUCGCGUGGGUGUGGAAAAGGUUGCAUCAGUUGUGAAGGAGGUGACUGAAGGACAGAGUACAUGGGCAGAUGUUUUGAACUUAUACCCAGCUCAUUCAUCAGCAUCUGCAGAUGAAUAAAUGAGUGACUUUGGGUAAUCAAGACACUGAAUCAGGGGCUAAAAUAUGCUUUAUUUAAAAUAAAUAUAUAUACAAAAAAAAAGAAAGUGGACAUACAAUUUUUGAAAUUUCUGUUUUCUGACACCAAGCAGCAGACCAACUCAUUUUCGUAUGCAAGGACACUUUAUUUUUUUCUUAUAUGGAAGUUAUUGUUUUUCAA